AACUGAGAAACGUGUGCCAAGUCAGUUUGACUGAGUUUGGGUAAAACUCCAUUUUAAAGUUUAGCGUAUUUUAUUCGUAUUUUUGUGUGUUUCGGUUGUGUUUUAGUAAAAUACGCUCAACUGGAGGUGAACGUGAAACUGGGAAUAAAAUACGCUAAAAUGGAGUUUUACCGUCAGUUUGGUUAAGGUCGAGCUUACUCAGUUAAAGUUUAGUUUAGAAAAACUUUAGUUGAGUUUCAGUUUAGUUUUAGUCCAUCUGAGUUUAGGUUUGUUACUCUUUCCGUUACGACGAUUACAGAGUUACAACGGUAGCAGUAGAUAAUUUAAUAGUCUAGAUAUUCUCACAAAAUUUUAAAUUAUUAUAUUAUAUUAAGGCCUACCAAUUUAGAUAUUCUCACUAAAUUUAAAAUUUACUCCAUUUUCAAUUUGAACAUGAUUAAUGAAUAAUUUAAUAGACAUUCAUAUUUAAUCCAUUAGGUAGAUCUACUAAUUUUGAGUUUUUUAGCACAUUUUAGACAAAAUUAUUUCAUUUAAAACUUAUUGUAACUCACAAUUACGGCAUGAUACCCCUUGCCCUUUCCAUUACAACCAUGUUUUAUCACCCUUGAAUUUGAAGCUACAGCAAGCCAUGACUUUUAAACUGGCUAUGCAUCAGACUAGUGAUCUGAGUUCCCUCUAUUCUGCGCGGUUGCACUGCCGUGCUGUAGUUUUGGACCAGUUGCGCAGUCAUUUUGUAGAAUACAAAUAUCCUUGUAUAAGACUUGUAGAAAACCGCGCACACAAAAUACCUGAUGCACUUUAACUUUUUCUUCUUAAAGGGAAAGUUGUUAGUGAUCAUCAAAUAUUAGUCACGUGGUUUUUCUUUUUAAAAAAAUUUGGUUGUCAUUUCCUUGGCCGGUCUUGUAAAAAAACGGCUGACAAUGUUUGAUUUACUUUUUCAUAGACUGAUAAACCUAAUUGAUAUUUUAAAAGUUCUAUUUUUAAUGAAACCAAGUUUUAAAUUCAGCCUUCAUUCUCCAAAGCAAAUUUUAAAUGCUUUUCUGGCAUAUAUAGCCCUGUUGUUAUAAUGUAAAAAGCUCACCAUUUUGCUCAUUGUCAACAUUUUUAAAAGUAAUUCUAUGAAUAUUGUUGUUAGCAAUUGACCCUCCAUGUUAGCGAGCAUUACUUACUAAAUAAUAGACAUCAUAUUUAAUCCAUUAGGCUCUAAUCCAUCAGGCUCUAAUUUUGAGGGUUUUAGCAAGAUUUAGACUGAAUUACUAAAUUUAAAAUAUGAUUAUGGAUGGUUGAGGAUGCUGAUGUCCGAUAAUGGACUCUUCCAAAAAUAGGUGUAUUAAAUUGUUAGUAGUAAUAUGAUCUCUACUAGUUUUAUGGUUAGAAAUUAAGGUUAGGUGUAUGGCAGGACUAAGGUUGAGGUUAUAGUUAGGGUUAGCAUUGACACUAGCAAGCUGUAUUUAUUUAACUACCUGUAGCCUAGGCCUUCUUUUUUAAGAAGAUUCUAUAAUCGGACACCCUGUGAUUUUUAUUAAUAGAUUGGAGACCCUGCCUCCAGAUAUGCAAAACAAUGCAUCUACUUCUUUAUCAAGUUUCCUGAGAGAUACCUUCAAGCUAAAGAUACUACUACAGUAGAAAUGGAAUUUUCAGUUAAAGUUGAGCCAGAAGACACAUAUACAUCCUAUUCAGAGUCAACUAGUAAUCUAGCUACAGACAAUUUAAUGGAUUAUAAAGUAUUUGAAGAUCUUGAAAUUUCCUGUUAUUCUGAAUCAACCAGUAUUCUAGUUACAGACAAUUUAUUGGAUCACAAAGUAUUUGAAGAUCUUGAAAUUUCCUCUAAAGGCACAGAUGUUUUAUCAUCUCGCACUCUUACAUGCACUUUGUGUAAUCAGAUAUUUGAUGAUGAAUAUGUUUUAUAUAGUCACUUGCAUCAGCAUUUAGAGGAUGAUACCUACACGUCAUUUUCUAUCAAUAACAGGUUUAAUCAUAAUUCUAUGUUGCAUACAAAAGAGAAGCAAUUCUAUUGUGAACUCUGUGGUAGAACAUUUUCUUUUAAAAGCAGUUUACAGAGGCAUCGUGUUGUACACACUAACGAGAAGCCAUUUACUUGUGAGUUAUGUAGUAAAACUUUUUCUCGAAAAAGUGAUUUAAAAGUACAUCAUUUUGUACACACCAGAGAGAAGCCAUUUUCUUGUAAGUUGUGUAGUAAAUCUUUUUCAACAUGCAGCAGUUUGAAACGACAUUACCAAGUACACGCAAAAGUAAAACCAUUUACUUGUGAAAUAUGUAAAAAAUCAUUUUUCCGAAAACGCGAUUUAAAGCUACAUCAUAGUGUGCAUUCAAAGGAGAAACCAUUUUCUUGUAAGAUGUGCAGUAAGUUUUUUACAACACAAAGCAGUUUGAAACGACAUUUUCAAGUACACAUAAAAGUAAAACCAUAUACUUGUAAAAUAUGUAGUAAAUCAUUUUCUCGAAAUAAAGAGUUAAUGCUACAUUUUUGUAUACACAAACAAGAGAAGCCAUUUUCCUGUAAGUUGUGUAGUAAAUCUUUUACAACAUAUAACAGUUUAAAUCGGCAUCAUCAUUUACAUUCCAGUGAGAAACCAUUCUCUUGUAAAUUGUGUGGUAAAGUAUUUGCAGUUCGUGAGUACUUAAGAGUUCAUAACCUCUUGGUGCACAUUAAAGAAAAGAAAUAUACUUGUAAAUUGUGUGGCAAAUCAUUUGUUCUGAGCAGCACUUUGAAACGACAUUACCAGGUUCACACAAGAGCAAAACAAUGUUCUUGUAAGGUGUGUGGCAAAUCAUAUUCAGCAGGCUAUAUAAAACUGCAUAACCUUUUGGUGCAUGUAAAGAAGAAACAGUUUGUUUGUAAAGUGUGUAAUAAAUCAUUUUCUUCUAUUAGCAUCUUAAACCGGCACUAUCAAGUACAUUCAAAUAAAUGCUCUUGUAAGGUGUGUGGCAAAUCAUAUUCAGCAGGCUAUAUAAAAAGGCAUAACCUUUUGGUGCAUCUAAAGAAGAAACAGUUUGUUUGUAAAGUGUGUAAUAAAUCAUUUUCUUUUAAUAGCACCUUAAACCGGCACUAUCAAGUACACUCAAAAAAAUCCAUUUACAUUGAAAAUGUGUAGAAAAUAGUUUUCCCAAAACUGAUAUUUAAAACUGCAUUUUUAUGUGCAUACUUAGGUGAAAUCCUUUACUAGUAAAAGAAAUUUAAAAAAAAAAAAUUUUAGUUUAUAAAAGGUGAUUAAAUUUCAUAAGGUACUAGCACGAAAGACAAUCUUGUCUUGUUUGUUUAGAAGGAAGUUACUGUCUCGUCUCUUGUGUAUGUGAGUGGAAGAAAGCCAUUAGCUUGAAGACAUAGU